AUGGCUGCUUUGGAGACGAAUUUUAAAUCUGCCUACAAAAAUUUUGAUAUGUUUAAUUCGAAUCAAUAUAAUUCAUCGUCGGUGUGGCCUCCUCAAAGUAACCAUUCUAAUUCUAACAGUUUUUCGUCAUGGCCGCCUCAAAGUGCUCAGUCUAAUAACUUACAAGUUAAUAAUUCCCAAGCUUCGGCGUCUUCGGCUAAUUCAUCGAGUUUUAAUUCAGUGCCUUUCCUUAAUCCUCCACAUAUGAAUGUUAGCCAUAAUGCGUAUUCGCCCAAUCCUUCCUUUGGAGUUCUCUCGCAGCCGCACGUCGGUUUCCAAAUGGCUGGUCACUUCCCGUCUACGUCCAACCAGAAUUUGGCAGCGAGUCAGCAGCAUUUGACUAAUAACCAUCAAUCUUCCGCAACUCGGCCUACGAAUGCUGAUCACCCCCAAAACCGCACAUACCGCGAAAUUGCGACUGGUCCUCUAGUGAAGCUGACGAUAGACCUUAUAAAAACAUACAAAGGCAUUAAUGAGAGUUAUUAUGCUCGUAAGGCGAAAAGGCGGCACGAUCAUGGACAUCAGCAGAUAUCCCAAGAGCACCAGCAAUUGGCUCCACCACCUGUAAAACAGGCUCCGCCACACUCACAACAAGUUUUUGAACGCGAGGUUCUCAAUCCUCGUGUUGGAUGCCGCAAUAACGGGUAUGAUGAUGAGCAUCAUGACUACAUCAUGCAGCCGGGUGAAGUAUUUUGUAACAGAUAUCAGUUGCGAUGUCAUUUGGGUAAAGGCUCUUUUGGACAAGUUGCAAAAGCUUUUGAUGCUGUUGAACGACAAGAAGUAGCCAUAAAAAUUAUUAAAAAUAAGAAGCCAUUUCAUGAACAGGCUCAGAUUGAGAUUAAAUUACUGGAAAUGAUGAAUAAACAUGAUUCCGAAUGUAAAUAUUAUGUUGUUAAAUUGAAGGCUCAUUUUACUUGGCGAAAUCAUUUAUGUCUUGUAUUUGAGCUUCUGUCUUAUAAUUUAUACGAUUUAUUGCGCAACACGAACUUUCGAGGAGUAUCUUUGAACUUGACUAGGAAAUUUGCACAACAGCUGUGUACAACGCUGCUGUUCCUUUCCCAGCCGGAACUCAACAUUAUUCAUUGUGAUCUGAAACCGGAAAAUGUGCUUCUUUGCAACCCGAGACGUUCUGCUAUCAAAGUGAUUGAUUUUGGUUCAUCUUGCCAAGUCGGGAAUCGCAUUUACCAGUACAUACAAUCAAGGUUUUACCGCUCUCCUGAGAUCUUACUUGGAACUCCGUACGAUAUGGCUAUAGACAUGUGGUCGUUAGGGUGCAUUUUGGUUGAAAUGCAUACUGGAGAAGCUCUCUUUGCCGGCUCGUGUGAGUAUGAUCAAAUGAUGCGUAUUAUUGAGGUACUUGGGAUGCCUCCGAAACACAUGCUGGAUAUCGCUACAAAAACCAAAAAGUUUUUUGACAGAUUAGAAGAUGGAACGUAUGUUCCCAAGGAAUCCCCUGAAAAGAAAAGUUACCGAUCUCCUGGGCAAAGACGUUUGGCAGAUAUUUUAGGAGUUGAGACUGGAGGGCCAGGCGGCCGCAGACUAGGUGAACAUGGUCAUACACCUGAAGAUUAUUUGAAGUUUAAGGACUUGAUUGAGCGAAUGUUGGUUUAUGAACCAGAAAAGCGGUUAAGUCCUUAUUACGCCGUAAGGCAUCCAUUUUUCAACAAAAGGUCGGGCGAAGAUGCGGGCCAUAGUUCACAUUCUUUAUUUCGGCAGCCAGAUGAAGUAAACAUGACAUCGUCUGGCGUGCGUCCUUCGGCGCCGGUAUGUAUGUUACCACAGUCACAACAAAACAAUCUGCAACAACUGGCAAGUGUACAAACGUUUCCAAUACCUCAGCCUCUUUACAUGGAGGAUGCAUCGGUAAAUCAGAUGGAUUGUACAGAUCCUGUAUUGGCAUCGGGCAACAUGCAUUUGCAUCAGCAGUUAAAUCAGGUCGGGCACAAGCUGCACAGCCCAGUGGAAUACAACACAAUUUCUCCACCAAUGGGAGCUUUCAGUAAAUUUUCUGUUUGUGGGCUAGUUCCAGCGCAGAACUUUUCCACCUUGUCACAGCAACAACAUGGUCAGUUUGCCGCGCAAGAACAUAAUGCUUCCUCAGUUAUGAAUCCUUCUCAACAGCAGCAACCACAGCAACAGUUGAAUCAAGCACAUUUCAUGGAUACACAACAGAUACAGCCCGAUCACUCUUUAUGGCCGUCGAAUAAUGUUGGUGAUUCAAAUAGAUACGGUCAUCAUGUUCAAAUCCCUAGUAACUUUCAACCAAUCCAAAAGUCUACUGCAUUACCACAAAGUCGGAAUCUUAGCUUUGACGGGCCGAUUAUGGGAGGUUCAUCAGGUCCUAUGCAUCUGAGGCCGUCAAGUAAAACAGGGACUCUGGGAUCGACCAACCCGACGUCUGUAAUUUUUCCUAACACUUUUAUUCAGCAACACCAGUGA